GCUGCUGCCUUGCUUCGUGAGGCCUGCAUGUCCGCGCCACCGCGGGACGAGGGGUCGCAGGGGGUCCGCGUGGACCAGGUAGGGCCAGAGACGGUGGAGAAACUGACUCGAACCCGCCACGCUUGGCGGGAGCCGCCGAGGCCUUCGAAGCUGGUCCCGAAGCGAGGGCGCCGGGGUGCGGUGUGCGCACGCGCGGCUGUCGUGCGCGUGCCCCUCUGUCUGUGUGUCCCCGACAUCAGCUGGACCCACGCGGGAGGCGCGUGCAGCUGGGACAUGCACCACAGCCCAAGAGACGUGGACGGGACCCAGUGCUCCCAAACCCACGAGGUGGGUACCACUACCUGCUCUGGGGACCCAGCCAGGCCCUGCUCAAGCCUGGGGGCUGCCAGAGGGGUGACCCCACACUGGGACCGGCCCAGCCUGGGUCCCGCCGGCAGAGCUCUCACCCUGCACGAAGACCCUGCGUCACCUGCCCUCACCGCAUCGUACCGAGUCUCCCUGCUCUCUGCCCGGGUCACGCUUCUGCCCUCGCCCCGCGCCCAGCUCCUUUACUUGUCCUCCGACACCCUGGUUGUGGUCCCACCGUAGACCCUUUGUACUUGGCGGUGCUCACAGCCCAGAAUGCUCACGCCAUCACUUCCUCAAUGAGGCCUGCACUGGGGGAAGAGCCUUCCAGGCAGCUGGAACGGCCAGUGAAAAGGCCCUGUGGCAGGAGCAUGCCCGGAGUCGUUUGUGGAACAAGGAGGAGGCCUUUGGCUGGAGAAGGGCAAGCUCAGAGCAGGGGAGGGUGGGGUACAGGCUGAAGUUGGGCGGCUGCUGUGCGGCCAUGGAGAGGAGUGAGGCUUUCAUGGAGCCAUUGGUGACUUUAAGUGGAGGGGGGAGAGGAAGGGGGGAAAGCUCUGGAGCCCUGGCAUCGCCACUUGCAGGAGCCUCACUGUGGAAUAAAGAGCUAAUACGUGGCAAGAGCUUAAAGCAGCAGGCCCCAGCCUUUUUGGCACCAGGGACCAGUUUCAUGGAAGACAGUUUCCAGGGAGGCUCAGGCCCGGGGGGCAGACACACGACCGUCUGGAUCCACGGCCUUUCAGGGAAGGGUGUGUUCAGGGGGUGAUGCCAUCACCUCCAGCAUGGCCCCCCACUCCCCCGCUCCCCCGCAGGGGGCUGCCCCCAGUGGCAGAUACUGACCGCCGUACACACGUGAGCACGUUUGCACACACAAGGAGUGAGGGCUUAGGUAUACAUUUGGCGUGGACGCAGUUGAAUCCCUAGCAGCAGGGUUUAGAGACACUUUUGGUUGCCGCACCUGGCGGGUAUGGGGGUGCUCCUGGCAGAGCAUCGGAGAGUUGUGUCCCGGGAUCCUGUUCAAUGUCCUGUUGAACAGACGCACAAGGUGGCCCCAGGACACCGGUCUGACCCAGGCGGCCGGUAGACAGCCCCCGCGCAGACCCUUUCCCAGCCUGAGACAGACCAGUUUGGUUCUCCGUUGUUUUCUUUCUUUCUUUCUUUCCUUUCUCUCUCCCGCUUCUCCUCCCCUACUUUUCCCAUAACAAAGGUGUGAAAUCGAGGCAGCCGCUCGGCAAGCCGGGAUGGAAGCACUCCUGGAGGGCACCGCUCCCCAGAGCUCCAAGUUGGGAGAAACCCCCAAACCCGAGGGCGGGUCCAAGGCCGGGCCAGAGAAGGCAGAAGCCUGUUUGAAGCAGGAGGCCCGCAAGGAAGACCCCACUGGGGACGGGGUGCCCGAGCAGGGUGAGCUCGCCGCCGGAACCCCCGAGACCCGCUGCAGCCCCCCGACUCCCCAGGCCGACCACCGGCCCCGGAGGCGCGGCGCUCCAAGAAAGCGCAGGACCCUGAAGAAGGCAGCCGCCAGCACGGAGCCGGAGCCGGAGGAGGUGGCGAAGCGAGGGGGCAGUGGCCCCAGCAAGCCGUGGAAGUGUGGGGACUGCGGUAAGGCCUUCAGCUACUGCUCGGCCUUCACGCUGCACCAGAGGACGCACACCGGGGAGAAGCCUUUCCCCUGCGCGGACUGUGGCCGCGCCUUCAGCCAGAGCGCGCACCUGGCGCAGCACCGGCGCGUGCACACGGGCGAGCGGCCCUACGCCUGCGCCGAGUGCGGCAAGGCCUUCAGCCAGGGCUCCUAUCUGGCGGCGCACGGGCGCGUGCACACGGGCGAGCGGCCCCACCGCUGCGCCGACUGCGGCAAGGCCUUCGCGCGCCCCACGCACCUGGCGCAGCACCGGCGCGUGCACACGGGCGAGCGGCCCUUCGCCUGCGGCCAGUGCGCCAAGGCCUUCCGCAGCCGCUCGUCGCUGCGGGAGCACCAGCGCAUCCACACGGGCGAGAAGCCCUUCGCCUGCGCGCGCUGCGACAAGGCCUUCCGCUUCUCCUCGGCGCUGCUCCGCCACCAGCGCACGCACACGGCCCAGCGGCCCUACACGUGCGGCCAGUGCGCCAAGGCCUUCACGCAGGCCGCGCACCUGGCGCAGCACCGCGGCGUGCACACGGGUGAGAAGCCCUUCGCCUGCGCCGAGUGCGGCGCGCGCUUCAGCCAGAGCGCCUCGCUCACCGAGCACCGGCGCAUCCACACGGGCGAGAAGCCCUUCGCCUGCGCGCAGUGCGGCAAGGCCUUCACGCAGGUGUCGCACCUGAGCCGCCACCGGCGCACGCACACCGGCGAGCGGCCCUACGCGUGCGGGGCCUGCGGCCGCGCCUUCAGCAACCGCUCGCACCUGGUGCAGCACCACCUGGCGCACACGGGCGCGCGGCCCUACAAGUGCCCGGAGUGCGGCGCCGCCUUCGGCCACGUGUCCUCCCUGCUCGAGCACCAGAAGGUGCACACGGGCGAGAAGCCCUUCCGCUGCGGCGACUGCGGCCGCGCCUUCAGCCACGGCUCGUCGCUGACGCUGCACCGGCGGACGCACACGGGCGAGCGGCCCUACGCCUGCCCCGAGUGCGGCAAGGCCUUCAGCAACCGCGCCUACCUGGUCCAGCACCACAUCGUGCACACCGGCGAGAAGCCCUACGAGUGCGGCGGCUGCGGCAAGGCCUUCAGCUUCUCCUCCGCGCUCACCCGGCACCAGAAGACGCAUGCCGCGGGCAAGAAGGCGGGGGCACCGCUCGGCCCCGCGGCCGCCGCUGCCUCCGCACCCGAGCUCCCGGCGGGAGGAGGACCCUGCUGACCUGACAGCGGGGAGCCUGCAGACGCUUCGGCGCUGGUGGUGGCUGCUGUUCAGCCUCUCAGUCUUGCCCAACUCUGGGCGACCCCGUGGACUGCAGCAUGCCAGGCUUCCCUGUCCUUCAGUAUCUCCCGGAGGUCGCAAACUCAAGUCCACUGAGUCGAUGAUGCUGUCUAACCACGUGAUCCUCAUCCUGUGUACGUGGUACAACACAUAACCUUGGUGGACCAGCCCAAGCACGAAGGCUGAGGUCUACGGGGACCUGCUAUAGGUGGGGGCUCACUGAACCUUCACUACCUCGUGCUCAGGCCCUUGGUGCUGGCCAGGAGACACACCACCACCCCGGUGAUGCACUUGCGGAAACCGAGGCUCUGAGAGGCUCCGUGAGGUUCCCUCCUCACUCGAGGCUGACAUCACAGUGCCAGGAUCAAGCGCACAUCUGCCAGUCUCCCUGGUUCAAAAUCAGAGAGAGAAUUGUGUGUGUGUGUUGGGGGAGGGGGUCACUCAGUCGUGUCCGACUCUUUGCGAUCCCAUGGAGCCUGCGAGGCUCCACUGUCCAUGGGAGUUUUCAGGCAAGAAUGCUGGAGUGGGUUGCCAUUUCCUCCUCCAGGGGAUCUUCCCGACGACCCAGGGAUCAAACCCCCAACUCCUGCAUUGCAGGCGGAUGCUUUACAACUGAGCCGCCAGGGAAGCCCAUAAAAAGGUCAGCUAACUCAGAUAAUGAUAAAUGUUAUGGACAGGAUUUUAAAAGAUAUGGGGAAGUCAUUCUGCCUUAUACGUGAGUUAAUUUUACGCUAACUAAAAUCCUCCAAUAAUUUGGCCACCUGAUGUGAAGAACUGAGUCAUUGGAAAAGACCCUGAUGCUGGGACAGAUUGAAGGCUGGAGAAAAAGGGGAUGAGAUGGCUGGACGGCAUCACUGACUCAAUGGACGUGAGUUUGAGCAAGCUCUGGGAGUUGGUGAUGGACAGGGAAGUCUGGCCUGGUGCACGUGGGUUCGCAAAGAGUCUGACAUGACUGAGUGACUGAACUGAACUAAAAUAGCUUGUUUGUGGCCUAUCAAACACGCAUUGUACAUCUGCUUUAAUUAUAAAAGAAAAGGGCACAUGGACCAGAAGUGAAGCUUGUGCUGCCUCCCUUCCUGGGAUGCCAGUGCUGGUACUCCGUCAAUAAUACUUCCUUCCCAGGUGCCAAGGCCAACUGCCGAGGCAUCGUGUAUGCAUGGCGGUCCGUUUGUUUUGAAAACUUGAAGAAACCUAUCCCUGACCUGUUUAACGUUUUGUUCCUACAAUACGUAAAACUGUUGAAAACGAUGCUUCUCUGGAGCAAUUUCUCAGAAUGAUCUGGGAGGCUGUCUUCUGGGCUGUAGUCCUCAGUUUGACUCAAAUAAAACCCUUUUCUAUUUUUAUUA